AUGAACAUAUUACAGCAUCAAUCAUGGAGAUUGAUGGUUGUGAUAUUGGGUUUCAUGACCUAUGUUGAAAGCGUUGUAACUAAUUUGCCUUUCCAAUACACUGCAACUGAGGCAAGUCAAUUAUCUUCACAACAUUCCUCCUUUAAAGCACAGGAUAUAAUUCAUAAAAAGGAAAACACUCAUGAUAAGGAACUUUUGAAGUUUCUUGUUGUCAACUCAAUAGAUAAUUACUACUAUGAUGUUAUGUUACGAGUCGGGAGCCGAGUUCAACAACUCAGAAUAGAUUUGAUUCAGGGAGAUGUGUGGGUAAUGGGAAUGAACGAUUUCUUGAGCUGUGAUGAGAUCUAUUCUUGGUGGUCUUCUGAGGUAAGUACCGGGACUACUCUCCCAGACCUGGCUACAACUGAUGCUGAAUACACUGCAAGUAUAUGUGCUGCUGGAGGUGUGUAUUCUGCGGAGUCUCUGUCCACAGAUGUCACUGUUCCUGGUGUGCCUGAUGGUGAGGAAUAUUUUGUUCCAUACGUUGACACGAUUGAAGCAGUAGGUGAGUUUGAAAAGGACGAUAUUCAUAUAAACUCGACGAAUGGAUUGUCCGUUUUACUCUCGAAUUUUACUUUUCUCAGAGCAUACCAGAGUAGCGUCUUUGCUGGUGGCUUGGGUUUGGCAGGAAAUCCUAUGGGCUCGGGAUUUUUAGAUAGUUUGGUAGACAAGGGCUAUAUUGUGUCACCGGGAUACUCACUAUUUUUCAGCAACGUAAUACUGGAAGAGGGCUCUUUAGGAGAGCUUAUACCUGGAAUGGUGGAUAAAAAAUAUGUGGAUGGUGACUUCUAUCAAUUUGAUAUGCUUAAUCAUACCGGAAGUUUUUUUUCUAAUAGCGUAGAGCAAACUGCCUUGUCUAAAUUGAGGUUACCUAUCUUGAAUUUGGAUUCAAUAGUGUUAGAAAAUGAGAAAAAUCAAAGAACAUACACUUUAACAUCUGAUGAUGGAUCGUUUCCUGUGUUACUUGAUUCGCGAUCGCUAUACACCCAUUUACCUCUAGAUACAAUUAUUCAGAUAGCUAUUCAGACAAAUGCUUAUUAUUCAAAUGACACUGAUAGAUGGAUAGUUGAAUGUGAUACUAUCGCGAAAGCAAACGCAACUUUCAAUUUUCAUUUCAAUGAUUUAAAAAUAAAGAUACCCUUGCAUUCAUUUUUAUUGCCCGCAAAUACUGGGCAAGAUCAAAACUUAACAUUCUCAAAUGGUGCUGAUGCCUGUUUUUUGAGUAUCCUUCCAAGCUCACACGACGGGUACAGUGUCCUUGGUUUAUCGUUCUUAGUAUACGUUUACUUGGCCGUUGACAAUGAAGGAGGUAAAAUUGCGUUAGGAAAUUCUAACAGAGAAUUGAAGAUAGAAGUAUCUGACUUCAGUUUCUCCUCGGUUCACACAGUUUCUAGUACAACUUUUAAGAACUCUUCUAUUGAAGCAACGCACUACAGUUCAAUUGCUUAUAUUCUUUCCGACACUAUACCGUUUGCUACGGUAGCUACUUAUUCAUCUACCCCGACUUUGACAUUCUCUUCCAUGAACAAUGCAACAGCGCUCGAGGUCCCAGCAAAAUUUUCAGGAAGAGUAAAAAAUGGACAUUUCAUAGUGGGAUCUAGUGAGAAAACGAUCCCUGGAGCAGAAAGCACCGAAGCUUCUUCUACCAAAAGUAAAAACUCAGGGUCUGUUUUGAUAAGAUCUGAAAUUAGAUUGAGCUUAAAACAACCACUAGGUUUAAUUUUAGCUGUAUGUUUAUUUAUGGUUGCGAUUAUACUACUUUAG